AUGAUCUCACAGGGAGCACAUGUUCUGUUCUAUGGAGCUAUACUGGUUACAUGUCUCCCGUUUGUAUGGCGACUAGCUAUUUCACCUAUCACGCUCGUAAUUCUCGGACCCUUCAUUGUUGUCCUCGCAUUCUUGUCAUUCGUGUUUUCUGGCUUGAUAUUUGCGUUGUUGGCGGAAUGGAUACGACCCCAGAAACCCCCUUCUAAUUCUAUCAAGUCGGCGACUAGGACGCUAUCAUUCGCGACGCCUGCAGCAUGGCAAGCGAAUUUGACCAGAAUCCAAUGGUUAUCGCAGGACAACCUCCCCCCGAUCAAAGAAUGUUCUCCCGAUGCAUCUGAGCUCGUACAUGAAGUUAUAGACUUCAUAGUGCGUGAUUUUGUUCAAGUUUGGUACUCGAACCUCUCCAACUCCCCUGGGUUUCCCAAUGCACUGCGACGAACCAUUCAAGAAACUCUAGAGAACAUUUUGGCGCGAGCAAGCCAGUUGGACGUCAGUGCCCUCGUGGUUCGCAAGAUUCUUCCCAAAAUCACUGCCCACAUCGAGAAGUUCCGACAGUCCGAAGAGUCACUGCGAGGUGCUGCUCUUGAACGGAGAUUAAGCGUAGACUCAGAAGAGUUGGAUAUUUUGUUGGCUAUUCGUUAUGUUGGCCGAGGAAAGCUUCACCCCGCGGUUGCAAACUUGUCGUCCAUGGCUACUCGGCCAACCGAAGACCUGUACCUCCGCCAGAUAUUCGAUCAGGUGUUGCCAUUGGUUCUCCCAGAGAGCGAUGCAAAGAGUCGUUCGGUCGUUAUUGUCGCACGGGAGAUUAUUGGCUGCAGUGUUCUUAGGCCAGUCAUUGACAUGUUGACUGAUCCCGACUUCUGGAACCAAACAAUUGAUAAAAUCGCGAGUGCAGCUAUCAGAGAACAGAAGCUGGUAACCAAAGUCCGACAUAUGCUCGAAAAACAGGUUCCCAAAUCCGGACCUUCCCGCCGCACAGCACCCUCAGUCCCGGGGGCUCUCUCUGCAUCCCGAGGCAGCAGGUCGGAAAAUAUAAAUUGGAGAACCGAUGCCAAACGUUUUGAAAUGUUCGUCCAGAGUAUCAGGAAGUGCGAGUCAUUGCUGGACGCCAGACGGUUGAAGAAUGAUAUCAUGAACGAGGUUCGGAGAACGAGGGAUUUGUUGGCUCAACAUGCCAGUGACGAUUGGAUCAAUGGCGUCAAGACCGAGACGAUAGUUUCUUACCUCGACAGGCUCUACAAUGCCAAAAACGAAGCAGAGAAACGGAUCGAAGUACUAAGCGGCGCAAAAACCAAUGAUUCACAGACCUCGUCAACUCAUACUCUUGCACCUCCCAACAAGCUUACCUUGCGGGACAUCCUUCGAGACUCUUCUUCACUCCUUUACUUUAUGGAAUUUAUGGAGCGACGCAACCAUAGAACGCUCCUGGUUCAAUUCUGGCUCGCAGCAGAUGCAUUCAAAGAUCCUCUUGCUCAAAUCGAUUCUGACUCGGAGGCAAGUGACGACGAAGGAACUGCUCCCAGGGAUUCGGCUGCCACUACAACACUUAUAGAAGAUACGACUAUGUUAUACGAGGUUUACUUUGCCCAACCACAACGUGCUGCAGAACUCUCAUGUAUUUCGGCGAAGUACGUUGCGACUCUGACAGCUUUUGUACAAUCCCAGUUCCCGCCCACGCGGAUGGACGAGAAUCGGGUUCGGAGAUGCGUACUACAUGCUCAAAAUCAGGUCGAAAAAGCUAUGGAAGAGGAUUUCGAAUUAUUUACCAAGAGCGAGCUAUGGCAUCGGGCAGUAGGUGAUAUGUCGCCGCGUAUUGAAAAACCUGCAACUUCAGUUUUGAUCUUGGAUGAGCCCGAGAUUCAAGCUUCGACCCCAAUCAGUCGAGCAUCAGCGCCCAGCGAAUCACCUACAUUAAUCCAUGCAUCACAUUCCGUUCCGAUUGUCCGUAGACCGAUGAAACAGAGGCCGUCUUCGUUAGCGAGCAACGACUCGAACCGCCAACUUAGCAGCUUUGAUAUUCUAAUGGGAUCGACGGAGGACAUGGACGGGUCAAGGACUCCCCUGUUCGAGGAUAUGGCGAUUGAACGGAAGAAGAUUGAUGCGCUUCAAGCUGCCUUAACGGAUAUCAUUGCGGAUGACACGGCUGCUAGGGACUACAAACCCUCUCUCUCUCCCAACAAACCCCCAAGCACUACCCGGGAAACUCGGACCACCAUUCGUCCAAGCAAAGUGUUUCCAGAAGAUGACUCGGAGCCAUUGAUCGGGCAUCCGGAGCGGGUAGAUGAAGCUAUACCGCCGCUGCAGGUCGCGCUUCCUGGUGAUUUACAGCUUGCUCAAGACGUUGCUCGGUUAUCAGAUAAAAUAAAGAACCUUCAGGCACAAGAAACCAUGCUCGAAGCUUUAAUGCGUAAAGCGGAAUUAACAGGAGAAGAACAAGAGCUUUCGCUCCUCUCUCGUUCCCGGGAUUCCCUCGUCCGGGAAAUCAGAGGCCUAACGUUCCAACGAGCACACUACGAGGUCCAAGAAGCUGCCAAUCGCCUUGUCCCGGAACGAACCAAAAUAUCUAUAACCGACACUGCCACGAGCGAAGAAGAGGGUCGAGUCGUUGUUCGAUACCUGGUCGAAAUUCAGCAGCUUGCUAUGGAUGGGAGUUUUGCGUCGGGUUGGGGUGUGGCGAGGCGAUAUAGCGAAUUCUACGACAUGCAUACAAGGCUCAAGGAGCGGUUCGUGGAAGUUAGGUCAUUGGAGUUUCCCGGGAAGAAGUUUGUGACCGCUCUGUCGAAUAACAUGGUUGACACACGAAGGGUGGGAUUGGAGAAGUAUCUUCAGAAUUUAAUCCUGAUACCUUCCGUAUGCGACUCUGAUGAACUACGAGCCUUCUUGUCUCGCCAGGCAACUCCUCCAGCUCUGACUCCUUCCGCCCCUGCCGAUCAAGGACUGGUACGCACAAUGUACCGUUCAGUGGCCGAUAGUAUCGACGACAUGUUCUUCGGUCCGUCGAUGCUCGACGUCACACUCCAACGCCUUUCUAGGCGCGCGGCAGAACUAACAGGAAUGUACGCUCAGUUGCAAGACGAAGAUGCUAUCGCUCGUGUACUUGGUCUCAAAUCUCGACCUGAAGAGGCCCUUGGAAAACUGCAAGGCGAUCUUAUGCCAUUAGACGGGGAGACCGGAACCAGUAGCUUUUCGGCCCCAAUCUGCGAUUUAUUGUUGGCAGUGUUUGAGCUCGAUAGGAAAGAUAAUUGGCUGCGGAGGCAGGCAAUGGUGACUAUCUUGCAGCAACUGCUGGGUAGUACGAUUGAGCGGAAAGUACGAGAUACCGUACGAAAUUCGCUGGCCGAAUCUCAAAUCCUGGGAUAUAUUACCGCUUUCCGCGAUACCCUUUGGCCCGAAGGAAAGCUCAAGCUUGCUUCUACUCCCACAACUAAUCAAGAGAAGGUUCAGAAGAGGGAACAGGCGCAUAACCUCGUAGCGAAUAUGAUUGGAAGAUCCAACGCUCGUCGGGUUUACACAAUCAUCGAUGAGGUUUUCCAGGCGUUAUUUCCAGAGCUGCAAAUCUUGGCUUGA